UUCCGGCUUCCGGCGUGAGGGACAGAGUGAGUGUCUACCCCGGCUCCUCCGCGGCCGGGCUCCUUCCGCGGGACGGGUGAGGGGACGGGCCCCGGGUGGGCUCGGGUCCUGCGCUUUGGGAUCCGUCUUCUGCAGUGACACCGACGACAGUCCCCAUACUCCUCCUUUCGCACACCAUUCGGCCUCCUGGGGUGCGGGCCUGGGCCCAGUGCGGGGCCUACCCCGCGGGGAAGGCUUUGACCUCGAGCCCCAGGACAGAUGAAGCUGGAUGGUGGCGGUCAUCGGCUCUCCCCGAGGCCUCGGCAUAGCCGAAGAGACCGGCCCAGAGAGGGACCCGAGAGCCGGGGGUCCAGGGCGCGCCCUCUGACCCCCACCCUGCUCAUCCCAGAGGCCCAACCCUCCAGGGGAGGGUCUGCUCAGGCCGAAGCCUUGUAAUCUCCUGAGUCAUAAUAAUGAUGAGAGCAAAGAGCUUCGUGAACUCUCAGGCCCCUGUGCACUUUACAGGGAGGAAGAGAGAACGAGAAAGAGAGAGGAUGUCUCUCUCGGAUUGGCACCUUGCAGUGAAACUGGCUGACCAGCCCUUGGCCCCGAAAUCCAUUCUUCGUUUGCCAGAGACAGAACUGGGGGAAUAUUCCUUGGGUGCCUACAGCAUAUCAUUUUUGAAGCAGCUCAUUGCUGGCAAACUGCAGGAGUCAGUCCCAGAUCCGGAGCUGAUUGAUCUAAUCUACUGUGGCCGAAAGUUAAAAGAUGACCAGACCCUUGAUUUCUAUGGCAUACAGCCUGGAUCCACCGUCCAUGUUCUGCGAAAGUCAUGGCCCGAGCCAGACCAGAAAGCAGAGCCUGUGGACAAAGUGGCUGCCCAGAGGGAGUUCCGGGUUUUGCAUACUGCCUUGCAUAGCAGUCCUGCCUACCGAGAUGCAGUUUUUAAGAUGCUGGGGAAUAAAGAAUCACUGGAUCAGAUCAUUGUAGCCACCCCAGGCCUCAGCAAUGAUCCCAUUGCACUGGGAGUGCUUCAGGAUAAGGACCUCUUCUCCGUCUUCGCUGAUCCCAGCAUGCUGGAUACGCUGGUGCCAGCUCACCCUGCUCUAGUCAAUGCCAUCAUCCUGGUUCUGCACUCAGUGGCGGGCAGCACUCCGCUGCCAGUGGCAGAGGGCUCUUCUCGAAGUCUGCCUUCUAGCUCCUACAGGGACAUGCCAGGUGGCUUCUUGUUUGAAGGACUUUCUGAUGAUGAAGAUGACUUUCAUCCAAGCACAAGGUCCACGCCCUCCAGCAGCACGUCUAGCUCCCGCCCAGCGUCUCUGGGGUAUAGCGGAGCAGCUGGCCCUCGGCCCAUCACCCAGAGUGAGCUGGCCACAGCCCUGGCCCUGGCCAGCACCCCGGAGAGCAGCUCUCACACCCCUACCCCUGGCACCCAGGGCCACUCCUCAGGCACCUCUCCAAUGUCCACCGGUGUCCAGUCAGGAACCCCCAUUACUAAUGAUCUCUUCAGCCAGGCCCUCCAGCAUGCCCUGCAGGCCUCGGGUCAGCCAAACCUCCAGAGCCAGUGGCAGCCCCAGCUACAGCAGCUCCGGGACAUGGGCAUCCAUGAUGAUGAGCUGAGCCUCCGAGCCCUCCAGGCCACCGGAGGGGACAUCCAGGCAGCCCUGGAGCUCAUCUUUGCUGGAGGGGCUCCUUGACCCCUGUCAGAGGCGGUAGUGCCUGGGCCAGUUGGGACGCUGUAGAGAUAAGAUGAUUGUAAAGGUCCUGGGACCAACAUAUUUCCCCAAUACACUUUAUGUGGAAACUGC